GUGGCGGCCUCAGCCUCGGGCGGGUGGUACCGACAGGCGGCGCCGCGGCGGCAGGGGGGAGGCGGCGAGCUCAGAUGUUCAGGAACACUUAAUGCCUGCAGGCUCUCUUCGUAAAAAGAAACUGGCAAAAAGGCCUGGAUACAUGAGGCCAGAAGCUCGGCAACAAACAGAGGUUCAGUCCCUGAGUGCCUGCAAACCGUUCAGCCCAGAAGAGCUCAAACAUGGCAGGCAGCAUUGUGGAGACGUUGAGAACCACUCUCUACGCAGACGGUGCCAAAAUAAUUUUGAGUUCUUACGCUCUAGUGCAGGAGGUAGUGUUGUAGUUCCUGCUAACGGGGCAACAAUGUUGGCCACUACUGGAAAUAUGCCAGGAUGCUGCAAAGAUCUUUCAUGUUGUAAGAGUCCACAGUCGGAAAACACAGCGAUAGCGGUUUACACUGCUGCAUCAACAAGCAAAGGAGAUGUUUUUGCUACAUGCUGUACACGGCAGAAAAGUCAUGGCACUGAAGUGAGCAAGCCCCCAAACAUGUAUGCUUUGAAUCAGACAGAAGUGAAUAACAACUGUGAAUAUCAACACAAAGAUGAUGUUUCUCGUUCUGUUGGUGCACAUGAUAGCUUUAGCUCAAGUUUCAGCUUCAUACAGCUCUCCCUGAACUCUGCCUCUGGAACAAGCGAUGCUGAAGGCAAGUCAGCCACCAAGGAAACUGAGUAUAUUCUGCAUCCCAGUACUGCAGGAAAUCUGCAGAAGCCAGAGGAAGUGGCGAAGACUCAUAAGCACUUGGGAACUUUGCAUUGCUUCUCCAGGCCCAGUGAGGAUUUGGAAUAUGAAAAUGCAGCCAGAUCAAAUGAAAAACUACAAGACUGUGAGACUGUCUCUCUCUCAGAUACAGAUGCGACAUUUUCAUACUCUACAGAUUCCUCGGAUGCAGCAUCUGCUGGCUCUUCUGUCACCUCAGGCUAUGAAAGUAGCUUUACUGUUAGUGACCAUAAUUGGGAUACUUUGAUGAAAAAAUAUGAACCAGUGCUACAGGACUGCCUGCUUGGCAACCGCAGUACAUUAAAGAUAAAAUCCUUGAUCUUAAGGCUUCAGAGGCUCCAGGAAAAAGCAAUAGAGGAAGAUGACUAUGAUAAAGCUGACAAGUUUAGACGGAAACUGGAAGAACUGGAGAAAGAGAAAAAUUCUUUAAAGUUUCAGCUUCCUUCAAGGCAUCCUUCAAUUAGCAGUUUUUUGGACAGAUUUGUGACCCAAGUUCAAGCAGCAUUGCGCUGGGCUGCCGAUCUUCAGGUUAAACAUGAAGAAACCCAGCUUUGGAGCGAAAAUGAACAUAAACUUCUGAGAUCCACUUACCUGGACAGGAUGCAGGUUUCAGCUACAAAACGAAACCAACUUUUUCAAGAAAAGAAAUGGUUACAGAAAGAAAUUGAAGACCUCCGAGCAAGACUGGCUGUAUUAGAAGCAAAAGAUCAACAACUAAGAAGAGAAACUGAAGAACAAGAUAGGCUUAUUCAGUCACAGGACUGUGAACUGGCUGCUUUACUUGGCUGUAUUUCUUUGAGAGAACUACAGGAAAUAAGUAAGGCUGUGGAUGACACUUUAGCAUCUUCCUAUCAAAUUCCAUUCAGUCUGGAUCUUCCAGGGACAAUAAAGAGCCUUCAGGAAAAAGAACAAUCGUUCAGCAUGUCCAUUAAAGAAACUACUGCAAAAGUUUGCACAAGUCAGAAACUCUGCAGUACUUUGAGGAGGAAAGUGAAUGAUAUUGAGACUCAACUACCAGCUCUUCUUGAAGCCAAAAUGUUGGCUGUUUCAGGAAGUAAUUUUGGUACUGCAAAGGACCUGACAGAAGAAAUAAGAUCAUUAACAUCUGAGAAGGAAGGGCUGGAAGGACUUCUCAAUGAACUGUUGGUUUUGAGUGCCAGAAAUGUCCGAAAGUUAGAGAGAGUUAAAGAUGAUUACAGCAGACUGAAACAAGAACUUGAACAAGGAGAGGCUGCCUUUGUGACUAGUGUAAAAGAAAAUGCUGAAAAGUACAUGGAGAUGCUAGAGGACAAACUACAUAGCUGCAGGAGCCAGCUGCUCCAAAGAGUGUGGGAAGCUGAUUUGGAGGCCUGUCAGCUGUUGAUCCGAGGGUUUCAACUGAAAGAAAUCAGUUGCUGUGUUUUUGAAGAAGAGGAGAAACAAAUGGAUGAGAUGGAGAUGACUGCUGAUGGCCCAUCUGAUUCUGAAAAAAGGAAAGGUCAUUUUCCAAGGGGCAUGGAGUGGGGCACUGUUCUGUGCCCCAAACACAGCGAGCUAAAAGAGGUCCUGGAAGACAUUUCAUUUGGAGCAGAGGGUCAUUUGUCUGAGGAGUUCUUCAUAUUUUCUGCAGAGUUGGGAGAAAAAUGUGAAGCAAUAAGUGAGAAAUUGGUGCAUCUGGAAGAUCAACUGCAAACUUCUGCCUGCAGAGUUGAUGAAGGACUUGCACAGUCUCUGCAAAGGGAGAUCCAGGUGGUGAAGGAGACACUCCAGACUGUGCUGGUGCAACUUCAGCCAGCCAGGGAGGCAGGAGAAGAAAAGGCUGGAGACUUCCUCUGUGACAGCUGGUGUCCAGGAAAACAAGACUUGAAGGAAUAAUGAGCAGAAAGAGCUAGUAGAAUGACAUUAAUUCACAAAGGGCUGCUUUUAGUAACUGAAUACUGUUUUACCAAGCCUCAGGGAUCUCUUCUCUCCCUGCAUAACUAAUAACUAAAUCAAUUAUGGAGAAACAGAGCCUGGAGGUCUAUGAUCAGAAGUAUUCUACACAGCCUCACAUGUUUUGGCACAGAUUGGGAAACAGCUUUCAGAGCAGAGCAGCCCCUGUAAAUGUGUAGAUUACAAAUUGAUACAUUUCAAGUGAGUCUGCAAAGUUGCCUUUAAUGUCAGUGAAAUGUUCUACUUGAAGACUUGUAAACAGUAUCUGUCAUCCUUAUUCACGGGGUUUUUUCCCCUGAUUUGAAAAUGUAGCGUUAAAGCUGGGGCAUCUAUUUCUGAAGAACAGCUGUAAGAAUAAUAAGAACUCUUUUUUUUUUUUCCCUUUGGCUUUAACAACUCUCUCUCACAAUGUAUUUUCACAUUCCUGCCAAUAAUUAAACCAAUAGGAUGAAAUUCAAGAUAACCAAAUUCUUUCAACUGAAAUUUUGACAUCGUUUACUCACUGCUAUUGGGUACUGUGGAUGUAACUAACAGCAGCCUCUAUAGCAGUAGUCUAACUGUUCCUUUAGUUAUUAAUAUAAGCUUGCUUUAGUAUUACAGGGGUUGGAAAGUGCAAAAAAAAUUACUAUGUUGAUGGUUUGUGUUCCUUAUAUUUAACUAUUGUAUCAACAAUCAGUCAUUUAAGUCUCCUUGUAAAGUUUAUUGCUAGUAUAUUACUUUGAUUUUCCUUGUAGACUUCAGAAGAAAUGCAGAUAUUUUUUUUUUCUACUAUAUGCGCACGCACACACACACAUACACACUCUUAAACAUGUAUUUUUAUAGAAAAGAAAAGCAAUGUUCAACUGAAGCCAAGUAAUAUAAGCAACCCAUAUUGAGGUAGUUGUAGAAAACAGUUAAUGCCUUUAGGAAUUCAUUGUGUACUUUUACUUGGAUACCGGGAUAUCGCUGAUACCACAAAAAAAAUGUCUUUCUGCCAUUUGUUGCUGAGGGAGAAUUAAAAGAAAUCUGUUGUGUUUAUUUUUAAAGCCAGGACAUGAAGCAAAUGUCUUCCAAGGCAGUACUAUACUUUUCAGUACUUCUGACAUUUUUAGAAUUACUCUUUUUUUCCCUGCUAUUUCAAUUGCCGAUUUUAUAGCCACAUUGUGAAGGUUUUUGCACGUUUUGAAGGUCAUGCUAGCCCACUAAGAUUGUGUUCAUUUUCUGUGUGUUUUAAUAUUAGUUUCAACUUCUACCUCAAUGUUAAGUACAAAAGGAAGGAGGGAAACAAAAAGCAUCGGGCAACUGAGACAUACAACAGGAUUGUAAUUGCAUCCAGGAGUAUUUGGUUGUCAAACCCAGGGAGUAGAAUUCAGGUGGUUUCUCUGGUCCUCAGGGGUGGAAUUACAACCCUGUAAUUUAGAACAUGGUUGACUUUUUCUCAUUGUGUAAUGUAUGGGCCAGCAUCUGUGUUGUGGUAAAGAUUCUUGUGUCUUGCUGCUCUGUUUGACAAUGUUUUUUUUCCCAAGCUUUUCCAGACAGUUUCUGUUCAAUAGCUACCUCCCCUAGUAGAGAUGACGGUUUGUGAAACUUCCCCUGGACGGGUGAGCAAGGCAUUUGUCUCCAGCUCAAGGCAGCCUGCAGCACCCUAACCUUCAGCCCAUGCACAGGACUGGCUCACCUGGGAAACCCUAGCUGGACACAUGUAGACUGGCUGCCUGGGGAUGACUGUCAGCCAGAAAGCAUACACUCAUGGAAAAAACCCACAGGAGUUUAGAUAAACAGAAGAGAAAGCACACUGACAAAAUAGAUCUGUAAUAGCUGUUUCCUUAAGCUCUGUAGAUGCUCCUUGUGGGUUAACACCAUGGAGGGCCCAAGUACUGAGUCCUCAGCAACAAGCAUUUAUAUAGGCCAGUACACUAAGGUUGCAUAACCCCCCUCUACCAUACACUGAGGAGUGUGUGGAGUAGAGUCUUUUGAAUGGUUAGUGCCUGCACUGUAAGUAGCUGGUGGGUCCUAUAAGUGCCUUAGAGCCACGAUCAACCACAGCUGAAGCAUCAAGUCUUCCUCCUUGCAGCAGCAAGGGCUCAACAACAGGAGUAGCAACCAGCCAUCCCAGAGCAGAGGAACAGCACUCUUCUUCUCACCAGCAAGGUUUCUUGAAGAUGUUCCCAUUCAAUUAAAAAAAAAAGCCCUGUGUGGUUUUUGUGAAACAGCUUCAGAGCACUGCUGCAUUUUAAUAAAGAAACUCAACUUAUGCAACCACUCUAAUAAGACACUCAACUCCUGAGAAGAAGGGAAACUGGAUCAGUCAUCAUUCAUGUCACAGUUAUAUUUGUUAACAUUUAUUUUAUACAUAAUGGGGACUACUACUACUUUAAUUUAUUAUUCCAUUAACUUCACUGUUUGUUGUGGGAAGUUAGAGCCAGUAAUCAUUCCUUUUCUCAGACAUGCCGAAUAAGAAGCAUACUAAGAAAAGAAAAAGCUAUACUAUGCAAUGUAUCAACUGCCUUUUAU